AUGUGGUUAUAUUUAUCACUAGGGGUCAUUUUGCAAUGUAUUGGAUUAUCUUUAUGUUCAACUUGUUCGAGAUACGGCUUCGAUGUUGUGUUGAAGAAGCUAUGCCCAGCAUUCACGGAUCCAGCUUGUUAUUAUGCGUUUGAGAAGUGGGGAAAGCCGAAUUCUGUACAGUUUCAGUGUAAUUCAGGUAAAGUUCUUUUUUAUUAUUGGUUUUUUGUUUUAGGCGUUUGGAUUUGGAAUCUUAGAAAGACAAUUUGUAUAUUUUGUUUUUGAGGUCUUUGAUUUUAACAAAAGACAUUUUAGUAGAUGCACUCAAUUCAACAACGUUUGAAUUAGUAGAUUCUACGAAACUACGGCAGAUUCUAUCGAAAACAGAUGAUUAUGGACGAUAUAGAUGUAGUGUGGUGUUGUUUUACUCUGCCAAAUGUAUUUACAGCCAAAAACUGAUUCUAAGCUACAGUUAUUUGACCCUACUGUUUCCUAAGAUGGGCUUCUAUUUGAUAAAUUUGGAUUCUAAGGACACGGACUAUGUGAUAAAUAAAUAUGGAAUAACAGCGACACCUACGAUGUUGUUGUAUGCGAAUGGAAGCACGUAGUAAGUCUGUAGUAAUUGUAAAGUUUAGGUUAGGAUUUGAUGAUUAGUAAACAGUUAUUUUAACCUAACAACAUUUAUUAACUGUCAAUGUUAUUAAUAAUUCCAGCGCAAGGAUUUACGACGGUCAGAAAAAGUUGAAGAAGCUGGUUAGAAGCAUAGUUGAUGUUACGGACUUAGAAGUUGUGAACAAUGUCACUUUACACGAAUACGAAGACUUCGAAGCACAGUUGAAAGAUAUAGAGGAAUAUAAGACGCAUUAUGAAGGUGUAGAAGGCCUUACUUUCGAAGACACCAAGACAUAUCUUGAUCGGUAUGUUUUGAGACUUCUUUUUUCGAAAACAUUACAAUACUUUUUACCUAUUUUAAGCUAUUUUACUUGUUAUCAUUAUUUUUCAUGGUUAUGUCAUUAUAUCGUUAUAUUUUAUGUUUCAGAGGGUUUGCACUGGCGUUGGUUGUCCUGAUGAUUAACAUGAUCUACUUUACUCAUCGACUUGGUUACAUAUCGAUACUGUAA